AUGGCUUCAAAAUUCUACAGGGAGAAUUAUAAAGAAAAUCAAAAUACAGGAAAAUCAAAAGCUGAACUUGGCUUCAAAGCUGUUGCACCACCAGUUAAAAAAUCUUUCAUAUAUUUGGGAAACCUCAACAUCACCAAAACAGACACUAUAACAGAACACUUAAAUAAAGCUGGAAUAAAAUUUAUAUCCAUCUUUCCAAUAGCAAAACGAGGUUCAAAUGUUGAAGGCGAUGAUAACAAAUCUAGUACAGCAUUUCGCAUCUGCGUAGCAAACAAUGAAGUAUCAAAAAUGUUCGAAGAAGACUUAUGGCCCGAACAUGCGAUUAUACGCGACUGGAUAUUCAACGUCAAACCAAGUAACACUAUCGAAAACAACAACAACAAAGAUGGCUAG